AUGAAAAUGUCAGACUUCGAACGAAUAAGGCUCGUGAUUUUGGGCGGGGCCGGCGUCGGUAAGAGUUGCAUCAUAAAGCGGUUCCUGUUUAAAACGUACUCCGACAAGUACCGGCCAACGGUGGAAGACCUGUACAACCGGGAGUAUGACCUCGGUUCGGUAACACUCAAGGUUGACAUCCUUGAUACGUCCGGUGAGAUGCAGUUUCCGGCCAUGAGACGGCUCUCGAUUGCGACGGCCCAUGCGUUCCUGCUGGUGUACGCGACCACGUCCGAGGCGAGCUUGGGCUGUAUCAAGCAGUGCUUCGAGGAGAUCCGCGAGCAGCGGGCCGACUUCCAGGACAUUCCCAUGGUGAUCGUCGGCAACAAGUACGACCUGACGGCGUCACAUCGCGAGGUGCGCAUCGAGGACGUCUCCGAGUGGGUGUUCUGUGAGCUGCCAAAGCUGAAAGUGAAGGUGCUCGAGUGUUCGGCAAAGGACGAUUACAAUAUCAUGGAGAUAUUUCGAACGUUUGUCACACUGUCCCGAAUUCUACCAGCGAAUGGGAGCGCCGAGUCCGGCUCUGGGUUGAAACGUCGUUCAUCCGCCUACGUCAGCGCCAGCAGUAAAGCAAAAUCGAGAAUCGGAAGUCCGUCCAUUGGAGGUUGUGAAAAGUCCAAAGACCCGUCGUACCUAGUGGCAGCCACAUCGGAGGGUACGAGUGGCGGCUGCAGCAGUGGUGCCAGUGGUGUUGCCAACGCAACUGCGGCAGAUCUGAAGGCGAAACCACGAUCAAGAUCGCUCAUACGAAGAUCAUCCCGCAAGACCAAGCAACAGAUUCAGAAUGCGUCGGGAGCUGAAGACUGCAAUAUCCAAUAA